UCAGUAGAAGGCGCGCUGAGUUUGGGCUGCGGGAUUUGGCGGCUUGUUUACCUCCCCGGGCUCUGGUGCGAGGGGACCGGUCACACGGACUUAGGCGGGUCGCGAGUUUACCUCCGCCGAAAUCAUGGGUUUCCUCAAGCUUAUAGAGAUUGAGAACUUCAAGUCGUACAAGGGUCGCCAGAUAAUUGGCCCGUUCCGCAGGUUUACGGCUAUCAUCGGGCCCAAUGGUUCUGGAAAGUCUAAUCUGAUGGACGCCAUCAGCUUUGUGCUGGGGGAGAAAACAAGUAACUUGAGAGUAAAGACCUUAAGAGAUCUCAUACACGGGGCGCCCGUAGGCAAACCUGCAGCAAACCGUGCCUUUGUCAGUAUGGUGUAUUGUGAGGAUAGUGGCGAGGAUCGGGUCUUCUCAAGAGUCAUUGUUGGGGGUUCCUCAGAAUAUAAAAUCAAUAAAAAGGUGGUCCAACUGGCAGAAUACAGUGAGCAACUGGAGAAGCUCGGCAUCUUGAUCAAGGCCCGGAACUUCCUGGUGUUCCAGGGAGCAGUCGAGUCCAUUGCAAUGAAAAACCCCAAGGAGCGUACAGCUCUGUUUGAAGAAAUCAGCCGGUCUGGGGAGCUGGCGCAGGAGUAUGACAAGCGCAAGAAGGAGAUGGUGAAGGCGGAAGAAGAUACGCAGUUCAACUAUCACCGAAAGAAGAACAUUGCCGCAGAAAGAAAGGAAGCUAAACAAGAAAAAGAAGAGGCAGAACGGUACCAACGGCUAAAAGAUGAGGUGGUGCGAGCCCAGGUUCAGCUGCAGUUGUUUAAAUUGUAUCACAAUGAAACAGAGAUUGAAAAGUUAAAUAAAGAGCUGACCAGCAAGAAUAAGGAGAUUGAAAAGGACAAGAAGCAAAUGGACAAGGUGGAGGAGGAACUGAAAGAUAAGAAAAAAGACCUGGGCAAGAUAAUGCGGGAGCAGCAGUCCAUUGAGAAAGAGAUCAAAGAGAAGGAUGCAGAGCUGAAUCAAAAGCGCCCCCAGUACAUCAAAGCGAAGGAGAACACAUCUCAUAAGAUCAAAAAACUGGAGGCUGCAAAGAAGUCCCUUCAGAACGCCCAGAAACAGUACAAGAAACGCAAAGGAGACAUGGAUGAGCUGGAGAAGGAGGUGAUGUCUGUAGAGAAGGCCAGGCAGGAGUUUGAGGAACGAAUGGAGGAAGAGAGCCAAAGCCAAGGUCGAGAUCUUACUCUAGAAGAAAAUCAGGUCAAGCAAUAUCAUCGUUUAAAAGAGGAAGCUAGUAAGAGAGCCGCCACACUGGCGCAGGAGCUGGAAAAAUUCAACCGUGACCAGAAAGCCGACCAAGAUCGUCUUGACCUCGAGGAGAGGAAAAAAGUUGAAACUGAGGCCAAAAUUAAGCAAAAGCUCCGUGAGAUAGAAGAGAACCAGAAAAGAAUUGAAAAACUGGAGGAGUACAUUUCCACCAGCAAACAAUCUCUAGAGGAGCAGAAGAACUUAGAAGAGACCUUGACAGACGAGGUAGAGAUGGCUAAGAGGCGAAUUGAUGAGAUCAAUAAGGAGCUAAAUCAGGUAAUGGAACAGUUGGGAGACGCCAGGAUUGAUCGUCAAGAGAGCAGUCGUCAGCAGCGCAAAGCAGAAAUCAUGGAGAGCAUCAAGCGGCUUUACCCUGGUUCUGUGUAUGGCCGUUUGAUUGACCUCUGCCAGCCCACGCAGAAGAAGUAUCAGAUCGCUGUUACCAAGGUACUUGGUAAGAACAUGGAUGCCAUCAUUGUGGAUUCAGAGAAGACUGGGAGAGACUGCAUUCAGUAUAUAAAGGAGCAGAGAGGGGAGCCAGAGACUUUUCUCCCUCUUGAUUACUUGGAGGUCAAACCCACAGACGAAAAGUUGCGUGAGCUGAAAGGGGCAAAAUUGGUGAUUGACGUCAUCCGCUAUGAACCUCCACAUAUUAAGAAAGCGCUGCAGUAUGCCUGUGGGAAUGCUCUAGUGUGUGACAAUGUGGAGGAUGCACGUCGGAUUGCUUUUGGAGGACACCAGCGACACAAGACUGUCGCCCUGGACGGCACCUUGUUCCAGAAGUCUGGUGUGAUCUCAGGAGGUGCCAGUGAUCUGAAAGCCAAGGCCAGACGGUGGGAUGAAAAAGCUGUGGAUAAACUUAAGGAAAAGAAGGAACGUUUAACUGAGGAGCUAAAGGAACAAAUGAAAGCUAAACGCAAGGAAGCAGAGCUGCGGCAGGUUCAGUCUCAGGCUCACGGCUUGCAGAUGAGGCUUAAAUAUUCCCAAAGUGAUUUGGAGCAGACCAAAACACGCCAUCUGGCAAUGAACAUGCAGGAGAAAUCCAAGCUGGAGAGUGAGCUGGCCAACUUCAACCCUCGUAUCAACGACAUCAAAAGAAUAAUUCAGAGCCGUGAGAAAGAGAUGAAGGACCUGAAGGAAAAAAUGAAUCAGGUGGAAGACGAGGUGUUUGAGGAGUUUUGCCGUGAGAUUGGAGUCCGUAACAUAAGAGAGUUUGAGGAGGAGAAGGUUAAGAGACAGAAUGAGAUUGCCAAGAAGAGAUUGGAGUUUGAAAAUCAGAAAACCCGUUUGGGAAUUCAGUUGGACUAUGAGAAGAACCAGCUGAAAGAGGACCAGGGCAAAGUUCAAACAUGGGAGCAGUCUGUAAAGAAGGAUGACAAUGAAAUAGAAAAACUUAAAAAGGAAGAGCAGCGGCAUAUGAAGAUCAUUGACGAGACCAUGGCCCAGUUACAGGAUCUGAAGAACCAGCACCUGGCCAAAAAGUCUGAGGUGAACGAUAAAAACCAUCUCAUGGAGGAAAUCCGGAAAAAGCUCGGCAGCGCCAACAAAGAGAUGACGCAUCUGCAGAAGGAGGUCACAGCCAUUGAGACAAAGCUGGAACAAAAGCGCAGUGACCGUCACAACUUGCUUCAAGCCUGUAAAAUGCAGGACAUCAAGUUACCGCUGUCUAAAGGGACCAUGGAUGACAUUAGCCAGGAGGAGGGUGCGUCCCAAGCAGAAGAGUCUGCAAGCAGCUCGCAGAGGUCUUCCUCAGUCUACGCUAAAGAAGCUUUAAUUGAGAUUGACUACAGUGACCUGUCUGAGGACCUGAAGGAUGCGGUUGCAGAUGAUGACACCAAGCAGGAAAUGAGCGCCCUUACGCAGAAGCUGAAUGAGCAACAAAGUGUCCUACAACGUAUUUCUGCGCCCAACAUGAAGGCCAUGGAGAAGCUGGAAAGUGUCAGAGACAAGUUCCAGGAGACCUCAGAUGAGUUUGAAGCCGCUCGUAAAAGAGCGAAAAAAGCCAAGCAAGCAUUUGAGCAGACAAAGAAGGAGCGAUUUGACAGGUUCAAUGGGUGCUUUGAGUCGGUAGCCACAAACAUAGAUGAAAUCUACAAAGCCUUGUCCAGAAACAGUAGUGCUCAGGCUUUUCUGGGUCCAGAGAACCCUGAGGAACCUUACCUGGAUGGCAUCAAUUACAACUGCGUUGCUCCUGGCAAGAGGUUCAGACCCAUGGACAAUUUAUCUGGUGGGGAGAAAACCGUGGCAGCCCUAGCUCUGCUCUUCGCUAUCCAUAGUUACAAACCUUCUCCGUUCUUUGUCCUGGAUGAGAUUGACGCGGCUUUGGACAACACUAAUAUUUCAAAGGUUGCCAAUUACAUUAAGGAGCAGUCUAUGACCAACUUCCAAGCUAUCGUUAUCUCGCUGAAGGAAGAGUUUUAUACCAAGGCUGAGAGCUUGAUUGGAGUAUACCCGGAGCAAGGAGAUUGCGUAAUCAGUAAAGUCCUGACAUUUGACCUUACAAAGUAUCUAGACGCCAACCCAAAUGAACAGUAGACGCUGCACGUUUGAUGUGACAACGCUUCUCUUUGAAAAUGUUUUUAUUUUUGAGGAUAUUUUUAUUAUGUGGUUUAUAUAUGUGAUGUCCUUUUAUGUGUUCUAUUUUUAGUCAUGAUGCCAAUAGUUGCUGUAGUGUGGGACACUGCAGGCAGUAGCUAUAUUUGCCCUGUGAGCAGUCAGCAUAAACAUGGGUACAUGCCGGCACUAACAGUAUAGAGGCAUCGUCCCAACCAAGCUACUUUUAAUCCCUAAUCAUGGUGUAAUAUACCAGUUGUUGACCAUUUUAGCUAUUAUCACGUUAUUCUAUUUGGCACAGAGCCAUCUUCUUUUUUUAUGGAAGGUUGGUACUUUUAAAGCUUUUACGGUUUAUUGUUGCUGUGGCAGUUUUUACUGUUUUUAGUGUUUCAUCUGUUGCAGCUACAAAAACAUCAGGGUUUUUCUAAUAAAGAUCUUAACAUUUA